GAUUGGUUGUUCCUUUUUUGGCUCUCCAACACCGCCUACACCGACCGGAUACACUGGUAGGGCUUCCGCUUCCCCCUUCUCCCUCCUCCCGCUUGUCCUCCUCUCCAAGUCGGCACCACAGCGGUGGCUGCCGGGUGUGGUGUUGGUGGGUCGGUUGGUUUUUCUCUCACCGUUGGUGUCCGUGCCGUUGAAUUGCCCGCCAUGGCUGAGCUGGAUCCAUUCGGCGCCCCUGCUGGCGCCCCUGGCGGUCCCGCGCUGGGGAACGGAGUGGCCGGCGCCGGCGAAGAAGACCCGGCCGCGGCCUUCUUGGCGCAGCAGGAGAGCGAAAUUGCGGGCAUCGAGAACGACGAGGCCUUCGCCAUCCUGGACGGCGGCGCCCCCGGGCCCCAGCCGCACGGCGAGCCGCCGGGGGGUCCGGAUGCUGUUGAUGGAGUAAUGAAUGGUGAAUACUACCAGGAAAGUAAUGGUCCAACAGACAGUUACGCAGCUAUUUCACAAGUGGAUCGAUUGCAGUCAGAGCCUGAAAGUAUCCGUAAAUGGAGAGAAGAGCAAAUGGAACGCUUGGAAGCCCUUGAUGCCAAUUCUCGGAAGCAAGAAGCAGAGUGGAAAGAAAAGGCAAUAAAGGAGCUAGAAGAGUGGUAUGCAAGACAGGACGAGCAGCUACAGAAAACAAAAGCAAACAACAGGGUGGCAGAUGAAGCUUUCUACAAACAACCCUUCGCUGACGUGAUUGGUUAUGUCACAAACAUAAACCAUCCUUGCUACAGCCUAGAACAGGCAGCAGAAGAAGCCUUUGUAAAUGACAUUGACGAGUCAUCCCCAGGCACUGAGUGGGAACGGGUGGCCCGGCUGUGUGACUUUAACCCCAAGUCUAGCAAGCAGGCCAAAGACGUCUCCCGCAUGCGUUCAGUCCUCAUCUCCCUCAAGCAGGCCCCGCUGGUGCACUGAAGAGCCACCCUGUGGAAACACUACAUCUGCAAUAUAAUCCUACUCAGUGAAGCUCUUCACAGUCAUUGGAUUAAUUAUGUUGAGUUCUUUUGGACCAAACCUUUUUGUCUUUAGAGUUGAUCAUUGUUUGUGAUUGCAUGUUUCCUUCAACUGUGUUCUCCCUGGCAUUCAGAGAGGAGGGGGAGGAGCAAGAGGAAGGGGAGGGAAGCCUCCCAACAGUAGCCUCAACCUGUGCUUUUGUGCAUUAUUCUGAGAAUAAAUUUCUGUUUCAAACUGUA